AUGUCAUCUUUGAAGCAAAAGAUCAAGGAUUUGGUGAACAAGAGGAAGCGGCAGCAGAAUCAAGCUUCUGGUACUCGAGCGGCAACAAGCGCGACCUCUCCGCAAGCUCCUGCGCCCGCUGCGCAACCGUCCUCCUCACAACCACCACCCAUUGGCAUCCAAUCCAAGGCGGUCGCAGAUGUUCAAGCAGCGACAACGGAUGGAACUUUGCAGAUUGCAUUGGUGAAUCAGUCCAACUCUGAUCAGCUCUAUGCUUAUAUCACUGGACAAGCCAUCGACAGCAACUAUGGCCUCUUCUUACUGCAGUCCGAUGCUCGCACUCCAUACUUCCCUGCCAGCCCGGGUACAACGGGCGCUGGCAUCGGUGCCGAUAUUGCCAUCCCGCUUGGUGCGCCGGGCAACACCGUGACCGCGACCAUUCCACGCAUCGCCGGAGGACGAAUCUGGUUCUCGCAAGGCGCCAAGCUUGUCUUCGCGCUGAACCCAGGACCAGGUCUCGUCGAGCCUUCGAUCUUCAACCCUGCGGAUCCGAACCACAAUAUCAAUUUCGGCUUCUGCGAGUUCACCUACAAUGCUUUCCAGGUCUUUGUCAACAUCAGCUACGUUGACUUCGUGAGCAACAUUCCCAUCGCGCUCACACUCAUGGACACCAACAACAACACACAGCGCAUUUUGGGUAUGCGAGCUGAUGGAUUAUCAACGGUUGCUCGAGGUCUGCGUGAUCAAACUGCGAAAGAUGGCCAGGCCUGGAGUUCUUUGAUCGUCCAGAGCAAUGGCCAGGACCUGCGAGUCUUGAGUCCCAACUCGGGAAUAACGAUCAACAACGGCUACUUCCAGAACUACUUCAACGAUUAUGUCAACCAGGUUUACUCCCAACACACCAACCAGCCUCUCAUUGUCAACACUCAAGCGGGCUUCGGGAACGUGAACGGUCAAGUCAACGGAGAUGGAGUCAUGGACUUUGGCAAUGGCUCUACUUUCCCUAAACCUACUGCGGCCGACAUUUUCAGCAGUAAUUCAGGCCCUUUUGCUACUGGAAGCAAUGCAGAGACCAACACCAUCAUUCCUCGCUUGGCCGCCGCGUUCAACCGAAGCACUCUGCUGCUCUCAAACGAGACGCCGAACGGAACCAAUGCUUCCCAAUACUACAAGGAUCCUGUGACCAACCACUAUGCAAGGAUUGUUCACGAUGCGAAUAUUGAUGGUCUUGGAUACACCCACCCAUACGAUGACGUCGUUCCGGAUGGCGGUGCCUCUCAGGCAGGUGUGGUAUCCAGCGGCAACCCGAGAGUGCUCACCGUGACCGUGGGCGGAAACCAGGCCGGUGAUUCAAAGGGAGGCUGCGUCAUUUUGUGA